UUAGAAACUGUCAACAAUGCCAGUCGAAGUUAUACGAUUGCAGCCUACUGCGACUCGUGGUCAGACUGAGGCGGUAUUGGAUCUGUUUGUCUGUGGUUGCAGUUUCAGCAAAGAAAUGAUCACCGCCGAUCGUGCGAGCGAUUCAGCGCCGCAAAUUCCACCCGAAGUUUGGACCCUUAUCUUCGAGCACUUGAGCUCCGCCGACCUGUCCCGGGCAAGAUUGACCUGUCGCCGCUGGAACCAGCUCGUCGUCGGGAGCCCUUCGCUGCCGGGCAAAUUCGAGCUGAAACUGCUCGAAAAAACGCUCCACCCGGAAAGUGAUCGGAUCAAAGAUCUGCUAGCUUCGUCGACGAUCCGAUUUUCGCGAGUUUUACUCCAUGGAAAAACGUUCAUCGAUGCCGGGGCGUGGUGGCCCCGGAUUGGACGGAACUUGAAAGUGCUGGAGAUGCGGAACCGGGUGAUUGACAUCGCCGAUCUGCUCGAACUGCUGAGAGGGACGCCAAAGCUGAAGGUUUUGAAGGUUUGCUCGAAAUACAGCGCGGAAGAGGAAAUGAUCCCGCAAAUCGACUUCGAACUUGCCUCGUUGGAGGUUUUGGAACUGGAAACGGACUGUCCGGAUGAUUUAUUGUGCAUGCUCGCUCAGAUGUGUCCACGACUGAAGAAAUUUUCGCUGAAUAUUGUACCAAUUGUUGGACUCGAGCCCGAAUCAGUGUUACGGGAAGUGCUCGAUUUCAUCCGGACUGUGCGAAACUCGCUGGAAAGCGUUAGCGUUAGGGGUACCGAAGACAACUUGCUGGAGGAACUGCUCGACUUUGAAGGAUUGCGCCUGAAACGAGUCUCUUUGGCGUGUUGUGACAGAGAAAUUCUUUCGGAACCGGGCAAGGAGCAACUUUCAGUUGAGGAACUUCGCGUAAACAUUUGUUCGGAUGAGGUACUCUGCAACAUUGGCAAAUCUCUACCAAACCUGAAGAAGCUUUCGUGUGGAUUUUUCGAAAAUCAAUCAGCAAUCGUUCGAUUCCUUUCCUUUAUGCCGAAGCUUAAGAGUCUCCAAAUAGCCUCUCAAUGGAUUAAACAACGUGAAUGUGGCUUAAAAUUCCCCACCCUAAAGCAUCACCAGCUGACCAGUUUGACCCUCCUGAACGGGAAGCACACCUUGACCUGGAUUGAACACUUCCCGAAUCUUCGUACGUUGAAGCUGCAAAACGCUGAAAUUCCAAGCUGGCCGGACUUUUACGCAGCAAUCGCGCUUCUAAAAGCUCUGAAAAGUGUCAAACUCAAGUGUGUCAAAGCCGACCAGCAUAAGGAGCUUGAAGAUUCGCCGAUUGUUACCAACCUAAAAGAUCUAAACGUCAUUUGCUGUGACGUUUCCAAUGCUUUUCUGGCAUCACUAAUUUCUUCGUGUCCAAAACUAGAGAAUAUUCACUUGGAAAAUAUGCAAAUCGUAGAUGACGACACGGUUCGAGCACUUUGCAAUAGUUCCAAACAUUUGAAAACCUUAAAUUUUUGUGGCUUAACAAACGUUACUCACGAAUCUGUCAACACCAUUGCAAAGUACCGUCCACAGUUGGACAAGGUUUCGUUCGAGGAAUGUCAGAACGUUACAAGGGAGGAAGUUGAAGCGCUGAGGAGGACUAACAUUUACAAGGUACUGUGA